UCACUUUACAAAACUCUUUCAAAUCCAAAAAAAUUCCCUGUUCCAUCCUCUUCAAAACUACCCAUUAAGAAAACUCAUUCAACCUUUCUUCUCUCUACUUCAUUCUCCAUGGAGUUUACUACCCAAAACCAAGCUUUCUUCUGUUUCACUCCCCUGCAUUUGAUCAACACUGUCAUUGAUCAAUCUCGGGCUUCACUUCGAAGCCGCUUUCUCCUUCACUUAACUGUUUUCCUCCUCUUCUUCGUCUCUCCCGGCACGAGCCAAGCUUGGGACGGUGUAGUGAUCACACAAGCUGAUUACCAAGGCCUUCAAGCGAUUAGACAAGAGCUGAUUGAUCCGAGAGGCUUCUUGAGAAGCUGGAACGGUUCUGGGUUCAGUGCAUGCUCUGGAGGCUGGGCUGGAAUCAAAUGUGCUCAAGGUCAGGUCAUUGUGAUUCAACUCCCAUGGAAGAGUCUUGGAGGUAGAAUCUCUGAGAAAAUCGGACAGCUUCAAGCUCUUCGAAAGCUUAGUCUUCAUGACAACAACCUCGGUGGCUCCGUUCCAUUGUCUUUAGGACUCAUUCCUAAUCUCAGAGGAGUCCAGCUUUUCAACAAUCGUCUCUCUGGCUCGAUCCCUGCUUCUAUCGGUGUUUCUCGUUUCCUGCAAACGCUUGAUCUCAGCAAUAACUUGCUCUCUGAAGUUAUUCCACCGAAUCUUGCUGAUUCUUCUAAGCUUCUUAGGCUUAAUCUCAGCUUCAAUUCACUCUCUGGUCAAAUCCCAGUGAGUCUCACUCGUUCUUCUUCUCUUCAGUUUCUUGCUCUUGACCAUAACAACCUCUCUGGUUCAAUCUUAGACACUUGGGGUCAUAACACUUCUCCUCAUCUCCGUGUCUUAUCUCUUGAUCACAACUCUCUUUCUGGUCCAUUCCCAUUUUCAAUCUGCAACUUAAUUCAGCUACAAGACUUUUCCUUUAGUCAUAACAAGAUUGGUGGAACCCUACCUUCCGAGUUAAGCAAACUCACUCAGCUUAGAACAAUGGAUAUUAGCAGUAACAGUGUUAGUGGCCAGAUUCCAGAAACUCUAGGGAGCAUUUCUUCUCUUGUACAUCUGGAUUUGUCUCAAAACAAACUUACCGGAGAGAUUCCUGUUUUGAUUUCUGAUCUGAAAGCCCUUACCUUCUUCAAUGUCUCUUAUAACAACUUAUCUGGGCCUGUUCCUUCUCUCUUGUCCCAAAAGUUCAAUUCCACCUCUUUUGUCGGAAACUUGCAGCUUUGUGGAUACAGCACUUCCACGCUGUGUCCUACUACACAACCUCCUUCACCAUCUCCCAGAAAAUCAUCCCACAGGAAUCUGAGUACCAAAGACAUCAUCCUCAUUGCUUCUGGAGCACUCCUCAUAGUUCUGCUUAUCCUUGUAUUUGUUCUCCUCUGUUGCUUACUGAGGAAGAAACCUGACAAAACCAAAGCCAAGGGCAGCGAGGCUGGACCCGGAGCUGCAGCCUCAAAGACCGAGAAAGGAAGGGAAGCUGAAGCUGGAGGUGAAACCGGAGGGAAACUGGUUCAUUUUGAUGGACCAAUGGCGUUUACUGCUGAUGAUCUACUGUGUGCAACAGCAGAGAUUAUGGGGAAAAGCACUUAUGGAACAGUUUACAAAGCUACACUUGAAGAUGGAAGUCAAGUUGCAGUUAAGAGAUUGAGAGAGAAGAUCACCAAAAGCCAGAAAGAGUUCGAGAACGAGAUUAAUGUAUUGGGAAGAAUUCGGCAUCCGAAUCUCCUUGCCCUUAGGGCUUAUUACUUAGGCCCCAAGGGAGAGAAGCUUGUGGUCUUCGAUUACAUGCCUAGGGGAAGUCUUGCCACAUUCCUCCAUGCAAGAGGAGCAGAUGUUCAUAUCAAUUGGCCUACAAGGAUGAGCUUAAUAAAAGGAAUGGCUCGUGGUUUGUUCUACCUUCACACGCACGCAAACCUCAUCCAUGGAAACUUAACAUCAAGCAACGUACUUUUGGAUGAAAACAUCAAUGCGAAGAUCUCAGAUUACGGUCUAUCCAGGCUGAUGACAACAGCAGCAGGAUCAAGCGUGAUUGCAACAGCUGGUGCGUUAGGUUACAGAGCACCUGAGCUCUCCAAGCUGAAGAAAGCCAACACGAAAACGGAUGUGUAUAGCCUCGGUGUGAUCAUAUUGGAGCUUUUGACUGGUAAAUCUCCGAGCGAGGCUUUAAACGGUGUGGAUUUGCCUCAAUGGGUUGCUACUGCGGUUAAAGAAGAAUGGACUAAUGAGGUUUUUGAUUUGGAGCUGUUGAAUGAUGUGAACACUAUGGGUGAUGAGAUUCUAAAUACACUGAAACUGGCGUUGCAUUGUGUUGAUCCUACACCAUCAACAAGACCUGAAGCUCAACAAGUAAUGACACAACUUGGAGAGAUUAGACCUGAAGAGACGUCAGCAACUACAUCUGAACCGUUGAUUGAUAUUCCUGAAGCUUCUGCUUCCACAAGUCGAUAGAAAAGAGUGGAGAUUUUUGGUAGUUGGUAGUAGACUUUUUAUGCAAUUCUUUGAUUCUUCAAGCAGUUUUUAUUUCUCUUCCGUUCAUUUUUGUAGUGUUCUUAACUAUUUCAUCAUCAGAUUGUGUUUGUAAAUACUGUAAACUGGUUAUGCUUCUUUUUUAUUCGAGCUUGUGAGAAAAAAUU